UCACAGCGCGAGCUGCGCGUCGUAUCCGGAGGCGGGAAACCGAGAGUCGGCUGUUACUGCGGCUGCGUUUCUUUGGAAAAUCGGGAUUAAGUGUGACCGUUUGCGAAGUUUCAGAAGCUUAAAGCCUGUUUUUUCUCCUGCGGUGCUCACUUCGCUCUUUUCAUGCAGCUGUGAGAAACAUGCUCGGUCGAUUUGAGCCGUUGAACGUCGACAGCAGCAGGCUAAGCUAACGUCCGUUCACUUCGCCGCCGCGCAGCCGGUCGUGUAGCCCGGCUGUUAAACCCAGUCUGCCCGCCGCUUGCUGGAGACGUGUUUACGGGUGUCUGGAGUUACAGCCGCCUGUUCAUUAACCCGAACGUCUCUGUAGGUUUUGUGACUGCUAGCUAGCUGACCGGACCCAGACAUGUCCGUUGUGACGGUCCAGCUGGGUCAGUGCGGUAACCAGGUCGGCCCAGAGCUCCUCAGUACGCUGUGCGAUGACUCCGGCGGAGCUGGCCGGGGACCGUACAGUGAGCUCAGCCGAGAGAGGUUUUUCUGGGAAGAUUCACGAGGAAUGCUGGUGGCGCGGUCUGUUCUGGUUGAUAUGGAGCCUAAAGUUAUUUCUCAAGCCGUAGCAAAGGCAUCGAAAUCUGGAAAGUGGAGAUACUGGGAGAAAGCACACUUCUGCCAAAAGCAAGGCUCUGGAAACAACUGGGCGAAUGGAUACUGUGUUCAUGGCCCUCGCCACGAGGAAGCUGUGGAGGAUCUGGUCCGGAGGGAGGUGGAACGCUGUGAUCGCCUUUCAGGAAUCUUUGCCGUCAUGAGUGUUGCAGGGGGUACAGGUUCCGGAGUUGGGACCUUCAUCACACAGUGUCUGCGAGACGUGUAUCCCAAUUCUUUUAUUGUCAAUCACCUGACGUGGCCCUACGGAACAGGAGAGGUGAUCGUCCAGAACUAUAAUUCGGUGCUCACGCUGUCGCGCCUCUACCAGCUAUCCGAUGCCCUUGUGGUUCAUGAGAACGACACUGUUCACAAAAUCUGCAGCCGGCUGAUGAACAUCAAGCACAUCUCUGUCGACGAUAUUAAUAAGGUGAUCGCUCACCAGCUGGGUAGCAUGCUGCAGCCUGCGUACACUGCAGACUCACCCACCCACUACAGCAGAAACCCUAUAGGUGAAUUAUUGAGCUCCCUGGUGUGUCAUCCUGAAUACAAACUGCUAAGCCUGUGCAACAUCCCUCAAAUGUCUCAAACCUCACUGGCUUACAGUACCUACACUUGGCCUGGAUUGCUUAAGCAUUUAAGACAAAUGCUUAUUGCCAAUGCCAGGAUGGAGGAAGGUAUUGAUUGGAAAGUGUCUGUGUUGCCAUCUGGCGGGGAGCGCGCUCAAACUAGACGGAUGGGUUUUAACAGAUCGCUAUCCAAUCUUCUGAUACUGCGGGGUAAAGACGUCUCCAGUGCCGACGCAGGUGCUUUUAAGGACCCUGCCCUUUAUGUCUCCUGGGUCCCACCAGAUGACACCUUCAGCUCAUGGACCUCACCUGUGCCCUUCAAUGGCUAUGAGAAGUCUGCCACUUUAGUCAGCAACAGCCAGUUCCUGUUGAAACCUCUGGAUAAUAUUGUUAGGAAGGCUUGGAACAUGUUUGUGUCCAGGGCUUACGUUCAUCAGUAUACCAAAUUUGGAAUUUCAGAAGAAGAUUUUCUUGACAGCUUUAGCAUGUUGGAGCAGAUCAUUUCGAGCUACACACACCUUUGAGACAAUGAGGUCGAUUCCAAAAGAUGUGGUUCUUAAACUGGAAGAAUGUCAGUUUUCUACUGUAAAUUGUAAAAAUUUUGGUGAAGUAAUUUAUACUAUUAAAAUAUUCUUUUCUAAGCAA